CCACCAGAUAUGUGUACAAUGCAGUGCAUUCAACGCUGCGCCUGCAAUCAAGGUUAUGUUAAAGUAGAUAGGUCGAGUAACCGAUGUGUAUUACCGAAAGACUGUCCAGGUGGAUUACAAAAGACUGCCAUAGAGGCUGCGCCUGUAAAGAAGGUUAUGUUCAAGUAGAUGAAAACGACCGGGGUAAACAAUGUGUGCUACCGAAAGACUGUCCUAGUAAGAUAGAGUGCAUUGAACGCUGUGCCUGCAAUGAAGGUUAUGUUAAAGUAGAUGUGAGAGGUCGGGGUAAACAAUGUGUGCUACCGAAAGACUGUCCUGGUUUUAGCCUAACCACUAAGAAGCCCGAGCCCGAGUGCGGCCCAAAUGGAUAUUACUCACCAUGCGGUCCACCAUAUCCAUUAACAUGCACUAAUUACCAAAAGCCACCAAGGUGGCUCACAAAAGACUGCCAUAGAGGCUGCACCUGUAAACCAGGUUAUGUUCAAGUAGAUGAGAACGACCGGGGUUAUAGUCUAAUUACCAAGAAGCCCGAGCCCGAGUGCGGCCCAAAUGGAUAUUACUCAAAAUGCGAUACAGCAUGUCCGCUAACAUGCAACAAUUACAAUAACCCACCAACUUCGUGUGUGCGUAUGUGCUAUGAACGCUGCGCCUGCAAUGAAGGUUAUGUUAAAGUAGAUGAGAGCGGUCGGGGUAAACAAUGUUUUAGCCUAACCACUAAGAAGCCCGAGCCCGAGUGCGGCCCAAAUGGACAUUACACAAAAUGCGAUACAGCAUGUCCGCUAACAUGCAACAAUUACAAUAAUCCACCAACUUCGUGUACUUAUCAGUGCGUUCACCGCUGCGCUUGCAAUAAAGGUUAUGUUAAAGUAGAUGCGGGGGGUCGGGGUAAACAAUGUGUGCUACCGAAAGACUGUCCUGGUUUUAGCCUAACUACUAAGAAGCCCGAGCCCGAGUGCGGCCCAAAUGGAUAUUACUCACCAUGCGGUCCACCAUAUCCAUUAACAUGCACUAAUUACCAAAAUCCACCAAGGUGGCUCACAAAAGACUGCCAUAGAGGCUGCACUUGUAAACCAGGUUAUGUUCAAGUAGAUGAGAACGACCGGGGUUUUAGCCUAACCACUAAGAGGCCCGAGCCCGAUUGCGGCCAAAAUAAAUAUUACUCACCAUGCGGUACACCAUAUCCACUAACAUGCACUAAUUACCAAAAUCCACCAAGGUGGAUCACAAAAGACUGCCAUAGAGGCUGCGCCUGUAAAGAAGGUUAUGUUCAAGUAGAUGAGAACGACCGAGGUAAACAAUGUGUGCUACCGAAAGACUGUCCUGGUUUUAGCCUAACCACUAAGAAGCCCGAGCCAGAGUGCGGCCCAAAUGGACAUUACACAAAAUGCGAUACAGCAUGUCCGCUAACAUGCAACAAUUACCAAAAUCCACCCGAUAUGUGUACGUAUCAGUGCGUUCUCCGCUGCGCCUGCAAUGAAGGUUAUGUUAAAGUAGAUGCGGGCGGUUGGGUUAUCACCACUUAUUGUAUUGUCGCGAAAAUGAUGGCCGCAAGUGAUGGCCCGUCGGGUGACCAGAGAUGGCGAACCAAUUUGCGUCGACAACACGCGAGAAAUAAAAUCGAAGACUACAUCCGUGUGUCCGGCGAUCCGACCGAUAAGACUGUGGCAGAGAUGGAGAGCCAUAUCUGCGCGACGGCCGACACUAAGGAGGAAUAUCUCUCAACUAUAGCUCGACUUCUGCUUUACAUAAAGUCAAUGAGUGAUAUGACACAACAGAUGGAGCGCAAGAAGACAUCACUCGUGACCGCAGAUGACGGCAAUGAAGACAACACUCAACAGACACAGAAUUACGCAAAAGACUCUUUGGAUAGAUUUGGUGAUGACAUGUGUGGACUCAUAUUAUCCUAUCUCUCACUCGAAGACAUGUUUUGCUUUGAAUGUGUGUCCAAACAGUUCCGGAGGACAGUCUUCGGGAGUGUUGUGGACAUCACUUUUAGCGAUCGAAUUAUGCAGAGUUUACUGAAUGAUCAAAGAAUUGAUAUUCAAUUGUUGGCCACAAUUGUCACAAAGUGUGCAAACAUUGAGACCAUUGACUGCCGAAGAAUAACCUCCAGAUAUGAAGAACACAUUCCCGAAGUAUUGAACAUAUUUCGAGAUAAUUGCCGGCAUUUGCGGGAAAUUUACUGCAAUGUGUGGCCAAACAGUGAACAAACAAUGAGUUCUGGCCAGUGGUCACCUCUGGUCACCCAAAUCGGUGCCAUUUAUUCAUUGCCGGACAGACAAUGGCUGAUCCCAUAUCACCGAUUGUCACACUUACGGAUCAAUUCAUUGGAAGACAUCUUUGACACGACAUUACAAUUAUUUGCCACUAAUUUGCGUACAUUUGAACUGAAAACGCAUUCAUCGCGCGAUAGACACCGAUUGUCUGCAUUCGUGGCACAGAAUGAGUGCCUCAAGAGUUUGGCCGUAAAUUGUUUUCGUUUUGACUUUUUAUUUCCCGAUUAUUUGCCCGAAAUAUGCGGACAUUUGUCACGAUUAACACAAUUACGGGAAUUGAGUCUCGGAUUCGACAUAAGAAACUUGAACGACUCUUUGAACAACUCUUUGCGUACAAUUGGCGUGAAUUGCAAACAAUUGAAACGAUUGUCACUCCAGUUGUCACCAAUUGAUCCCAAAUCGCCACUUAAGAUCUCAUUAGAUCUGUUGAAAGUUUAUCACACAUUAAAACGAUUGCGUUUAGAGGUCUACGCGGCCAUCGAUGACCAGUUGUUGGAUCCGUUGAGACACUGCAAGAGAUUAACGCAUUUAGAGCUCUAUAUAAGCGAAAUGACAGCAAAUGUGUUGAAAGAUUUGCAUCAAUACUGUCCACGACUUCAAUACCUAUUCAUUCGUGACUUCAAUAGCAUUAUAGACACCGAGUGUUUGUCUCACAUCUCAAGACUACCGGCGCUGCAAACGCUUGUCAUUUACUGCAACGCAAGCACUCAUCACUCGGACAAUGAUUUCUCACAUUUGUUGACCAAAAGUCUCCAACGUACUCGAUCCCCAUUGCCUGAGUGCAUAAAUGGCAAACACACCAGGUGCGAAACACCACACCGGAAUACUAACAGCGUAUGCGGAGAUGGUUGGGACCAAUUCAAUGACGGUUAUUACCAUAUAUGCUAUCGGUAUUACCCCGAUGUAAGAGGCGAUUAUACGGACAUGGUCAACUUUUGUCACACGCAAAACGAAUCAUCGCUUCCGACAAUAAAUACACCGCAAGAACAAGACUUUAUAAACAAAAUGAUAAUAAACUACCGAAUGGUAGAUAAUAUAUGGCUCGACGCCAGAGUUCAAAACGGACACAUUGUGUGGGCGGACAGUACGGGCGCUGACUAUGAAAAUUGGACACCUGGUCACUCUAUAAACGAUAAUGAUUAUGUAGAAAUGUCGGCCGACGUGUCCACUCUCGACCGUUAUCAGGCAAAAAUUGCUCGAUUACAGAGCGACCUGGUGCCGAUUGGCUUUACAUACGUCCAGCUGCCCGGCCAGGCUGAGCCUAAAACAUUAUGGCCCGACUACACGUGGUUGGAUGUGACGACCCAGUAUGCGGGCCAGUUUUUCCGGGCCGAGGGCGCGGGUAGUCUGGGGUUUGGUGAUGGUGUUCAGUCGGAAAACGCACCUAGGUUGUCAUCGGUCAAAUGGGAAGAGGCUAAACAGGGUUGUAGUCCGACAAAUAUAACACCAGGCGAAUGGAGUGGCUUGCUGUUCGUUGGGGGGUGCGAAACACCACACCGGAAUACUAACAGCGUAUGCGGAGAUGGUUGGGACCAAUUCAAUGACGGUUAUUACCAUAUAUGCUAUCGGUAUUACCCCGAUGUAAAAGGCGAUUAUACGGACAUGGUCAACUUUUGUCACACGCAAAACGAAUCAUCGCUUCCGACAAUAAACACACCGCAAGAACAGGACUUUCUAAACAAAAUGAUAAGAAACAACCGAAUGGUAGAUAAUAUAUGGCUCGACGCCAGCGUUCAAAACGGACACAUUGUGUGGGCGGACAGUACGGGCGCUGACUAUGAAAAUUGGACACCUGGUCACUCUAUAAACGAUAAUGAUUGUGUAGAAAUGUCGGCCGACGUGUCCACUCUCGUGCCAUUGUCCGAGCAGUAUCGAGAGCGUUUAUUCAGGGACAAUUUGCGACAAUUAGACCGUUAUCAGGCAAAAAUUGCUCGAUUACAAAGUGACCUCAUACCAAUUGGCUUUACAUACGUGCAGCUGCCCGGCCAGGCUGAGCCUAAAACUUUGUGGCCCGAUUACACGUGGUUGGAUGUGACGGCUCAGUACGCGGGUUCAUUUUUCCGGGCCGAGGGCGCGGGUAGUCUGGGGUUUGGUGAUGGUGUCCAGCCGGAGAACUCACCUAGGUUGUCAUCGGUCAAAUGGGAAGAGGCUAAACAGGGCUGUAGUCCGACAAAUAUAACACCAGGCGAAUGGAGUGGUUUGCUGUUCGCUGGGGGUGACCAAGGUACUUGGUAUUAUCACCGCUAUUUUGUGACGGGUGGUGAAGUGCGGCCUACGAAUCAAGCCGUGCGCAUAUAUAAGCAAACCAAUGCUGUGCGACAAUUAAAUUGUAAUAAUAAAUGCUUUGGUUGCUAA